AUGCCUUCCCUGUGGAAACGGGUGACGUUUUCUGCGGCCUCGGUGCUGUGCUUCGGCUCGGCGGCCCUCCUGGUGGUGGCCCUGUCCACGGAGCGCUGGGUCACCGGGCGGAUCCUGUGUCAAACGGGGGUGGACAUCGUGAACGCAUCGCAUCCCGAGCUGGACCAGUUCGUGGGGGACAUCUACUACGGUUUGUUCCAGGGAGGGAAGACCAAGAAGUGCGGUCUGGGAAGCAGGCGAUCCAAAAUCUACAUUUUCCCAAAUCUGGUGCAGACGCUGAACGGUGGCCUUCACGUGAUGGUGAUUCUUUUCCUCUUGGCGGCUGUUGGCUUUGCUCUGGUCAGUCUGUCCUUCUCCGUGUACAACACCCGCAAGGUUCCCUACCAGAGCAUCAAGGGCCACAAGGGACUCUACCUGUGGAACCUCACUGCUGCUCUUUUUGGUGCCCUGGGUGUUUUAUGUUUCCUGGCAGCCAUGAGACACCACGGCCUGACGGAGCGGGUGGCAAACUACAGAGAGAACCUGUUCGUCCUGGUUGUCCUGGACGACACCCUGGAUUGGUCCUUUUGGCUCGGCGUCGGCAGUGUCGGCACUCACUUCGCUGUCUGUGGCGUGGUCGCCAUGAGUCGUAUUAAACUGCCCAAACCGGAGAUCAAAAAGCCUGAAGAACCCACCAUCUCAGCUGUGGAUCUGCUCUACUAA